AUGAGCCUCUCUGCACUGGAACUAGUGGACAAAGCAGUCCGGGAAGCAACCGUUUGGCACUCCGCCAACCUUCCACCGAACCCAUCUCCCCCGAAGAUUAGCUUUCUUCCCACCCCUGCGGUGUCAACCUGUCAGACUGAUGGAGCUUGGCAUGCACACUCACAAAUCGGAGGAAUGGGGUGGAUCAUCCAAAAUCCCCAAGGAAAAGUGAUCAUCAAAAAUUCCUCGGUGCGUCAUUUCGUAUCCUCGGCCAUCGUAGCUGAAGCUUUGGCGAUCCUAGCCGCACUUUGCGAAGCCGCCUCACUGGAAAUCCGACAGCUACACCUUCAAUCAGACUCAGAAAUCCUCAUCAACACCCUCGUUACGGUGUUGGAACGGAUCGAGAUCGCAGGCAUCCUUACAGACAUACGGAGCCUUGAACAUCUCUUCUCUUCCCUAUCUUUCAGUUUCAUCCCCCAAUCUGCUAACUGUGUGGCAAACGGACUUGCAAAAUCAGCUAUUUUAGCCUUAAGUCCAUUGGGCCCACUGUAA